AUGUUAUCCACCGAGGUACAUGACUUGAGCGCAGAGCAGAGCGAUGCUAUCGAGGAGGCGGUGCCACCCCAACCCAUUCAAGAUGGAGCUUUUCCGGAUGAAGCUGUCGAUCCCGAGACCAAUUUCCUUGGGUCCACGGGUCGAAUCACCGAAGUCUGCGAUCGUUGUCACGACUUGAUACACCACAACAAGGCAGUAUCUUCGCCUAAGCCGACUAUUCUGUCCAUACGACACUAUCUGGAGGAAUCACCGUACAAAAACAACCGUGUUUACCAUAUCAUCGAUGCCGCAGAUUUCCCACUGUCUCUCGUUCCACGUAUUCAUUGGGCGUUAAUGCUGCAGGAGCAACGCUCGCGGAACCGACGAUCUACGAAUGAGAAAUACGAACGCGGGAGAAAGCUUCCAUCACUCUCGUUUAUCAUCACGCGCUCAGACCUUUUGGCCGCAACAAAGGAGCAAGUAGACUCGAAGAUGGCCUACAUUCGCACAGAGCUCCGUGCAGCUUUGGGAAGAUCAGGGAGGGAGGCCCGUUUGGGAAACGUGCACAUGAUUAGUGCGCACCGUGGCUGGUGGACGAAGGAAGUCAAGGAAGAGAUCCGAGAGCAUGGCGGCGGUAUUUGGGUCGUUGGAAAGGCUAAUGUCGGAAAGAGCAGCUUCAUUGAAGCUUGUUUCCCUAAGGAUUCCAGAAAUGUGGAGAAAAUCGAAGAGUGGGUUCAACGCCGCCGUGAUGAAAAGGAGAUUCCAAACCAGCGAGAGGCCACCCCUCUUGACCCCAAUAGCCUUCUGCCCCCUGCCCCUCGUGAGGAUCUAUAUCCUGUUCUCCCAGUGGUUUCUUCCCUUCCGGGCACUACAGUCUCGCCUAUCCGUAUUCCAUUCGGCCGCGGAAAGGGCGAGGUCAUUGAUUUGCCCGGCCUAGAACGUGGUCUACUGGAAGACUUUGUUCAGGAUGAACACAAGCGUGAUUUGAUCAUGACGAAGCGAAUCAAGCCGGAACGUUUAACCAUUAAACCCGGCCAGUCUCUUCUGCUUGGUGGCGGUCUUGUUCGCAUCACACCGGUGAAUCCCCAAGAUACCGUCAUGUCCGCCAGUUUCCUACCUCUCGAGUCUCACAUCACAAACACCCAGAAAGCCAUUGAGACGCAGGCCGAGGAAACCCCAUACCGGGGGACCGUUAUUAUGAAAGAAGGAACCGGCAGUGCCAUGGCCUCCGCCGGUAAAUUCGACUUGAAGUGGGAUACCACCAACUCAAAUCUUCCUACCUCGCUCGCUAAAGCUGUCAAGGACAGGGGAAUUUCAGUUCCUUCAUUGCCAUACCGCGUGAUGUCGGCAGAUAUUCUCAUCGAGGGCUGCGGUUGGAUCGAGCUCAGUAUACAAAUUCGCAGCAAGCGGGACACCGAAGACGAACCUUCCUAUCCGCAGGUCGAGGUUUUCACUCCCAACGGGAAGCACAUCGGGUCUCGGCGUCCGAUUGAAUGUUGGAAUUUUAUUGCAGAGAAGAAGAAAAUCGACAAGCGCAAACGACCGCGCACGAGAUAUUGA